AAUAGUACCUACGUUGGUCCUACCCGUAGUGUUUGGCUUUUGUUUCAAAUGCUCUGACUCUCUUCUUUUCUCUUUCUCAGAAGUCUACAAUCCUUUCUUUAUACAAAACCAAACGCCACACCUCUUUCUCCACGACCUCCAUUUUCAUUCUACCUUCUUCUCUUACCUUGUGUUAUCAUUUCUAUUCACAUCAAUCAUACAAAGCCAAGAGAAGUUCAUUGAAAAGGAACCCCAAGAACAUCAAAAUCUCAUCUCCACACCAUGAAAGGUGAGUAUGUGGAUUCCCAAAAUGGAAACCCCAACAACAUGUUUUCCAAACUUCACCGGCCUUUCUCUCUCACUUCCACCGGUGGAGCUUCCAUUGAAGUGGUUCGUAGACCAAGGGGUCAUCCUCCAGGUUCCAAAAAAAAUCCCAAACAAUCGAUCCUCGUCGAUCGGAAACACAACGACCCUGCCAUGAGUCCUUACGUCCUUGAAAUCCCAGGCGGGAACGACGUCGUUGAAGCUAUCUCCGGCUUCUGUCGUCGGAGAAACGUUGGAGUCUGCGUACUUUAUGGUUCCGGGACCGUUUCGAACGUAACUCUCCUUCAACUUUCGUCUACUCCGGGAGCUACGAUAACUUUUCAUGGAAGAUUCGACAUAUUAUCCCUCUCUGUCACUGUCCUGCCCCCAACGACGUCGUAUAACGUCCCCAAUACGGUCUCCAUCUCUUUAGCGGGUCCUCAGGGGCAGGUCGUCGGAGGGUUCCUGGCGGGCUCCUUGAUGGCGGCUGAUACGGUGUUUAUAGUUGCCGCUACGUUCAAUUAUCCUUCGUAUCAUCAGUUAGCGCUAGGUAUAGAAGGAGAAGGGGAAGAAGAAACAAGGAACACGAUGUCGUCUGGCGGAGACGGAGAAGGUGAAGGACAGUCUCCGCAGUUUUCUGGUGGCGGUGGAGAUAGUACCGUUCACGGUGGUGGUGGGGGCAAUUCGGAAUCUUGCGGGAUUUCUAUGUGUAGUCGUCAUUUCGGUGGCGGAUCAGAUGUGAUUUGGACUCCGACUGCUAGACAGCCGCCGCCUUACUAAUGGGUUUCAAAGUUUAGCUUUUUAUUUUCAUUAUUUGGGAAUUAUUCUGAAAGAAUGAAGUUUAGUUUUCUAUUUAUCAUUAGGGUGUAUUUGAUUAACGGAAUAUAAUAUUAUUAGUGUUAAUGUAAGAUUAUUAGGGAA